AUGAAGAGUAACAAAGAAAUGGAAGCCGACGACGUUAGCCGGCGGCGGCGGCUGAGAAGAGCCCUUCUCGUGCUCAGCUGUACGAUGUUAGCCGUAGGCAACUGCGCCGGCCCUUUAAUCAUGCGGCUUUAUUUCAUCCGCGGCGGGAACCGUAUAUGGCUUUCCAGCUGGCUCAUAACAGCCGGCUGGCCAGUAAUGCCCGCCAUUCUGCUGAUAUCCUAUUUGCGCCGCCGAAGCCACAACCCCGAAAAAGCCAAGCCGUUCCUCAUGAAGCCGGGCGUAUUCCUAGCCAGCGCGGCAAUCGGCGUGCUUCAGGGGCUCGACGAUUACCUUUACGCGUACGGUGAAGCCAAGCUGCCGGCUUCCACGGCUGGGCUGGUUAUCUCAACCGAGCUGGCUUUCACGGCUGGCUUCUCUUUCAUUCUAGUGAAACAGAAGUUCACGGCGCAUUCCGUUAACGCCGUUUAUGUUUUAACGAUGGCGGCGGCGGUUUUGGCGGUCCGGUCUAACGACGACCGGUGGAAGGGGGAGUCGACGGCGGAGUACGUGUUUGGGUUCGCGAUGAUGCUGGCGGCGGCGGCGCUGUACGGAGCUAUUUUGCCGUUGAUUGAGCUGAUGAAUAAGAAGGUGGUGAAAACGGCUGAGAUCAGCUACACGGUGGUGUUGGAGAUUCAGGCUGUAAUCUGUUUCUCGGCGACGGCGUUUUGCACCGUUGGAAUGCUCAUAAACAAAGACUUCCAGGCAAUUCCGAGGGAGGCAAGAGAGUUCCAACUAGGAGAAGGCAAGUACUAUUUGGUGAUAGCAUGCAGCGCCGUGGUUUGGCAGUUGUUCUUCGUGGGAGCCAUUGGAGUCAUCUUUUGUGCUUCGUCGCUGUUUUCAGGUAUAGUGACGACCCUUCUCCUCCCCGUCACUGAAAUCUUAGCCGUCGUCUUCUACAAGGAAACCUUCCACGCCGAGAAGGGUAUCGCUCUCGCGCUUUCUCUUUGGGGUUUCUUUUACUAUUUCUAUGGCGAAAUGGCAGCAAAUAGGACGAAAGCCACGGCUCCCGAAACAGUAGAUCAGAUGCUUAUUGCACAAGAGGCUUAG